AUGUCGUCCCCUAAGAAGAAGAGGAAGAAGACGACGAAUCUGUCACUUAAGUCAUCGCCGUUUCUCCCUCCGACGCCGCAAUCGACGGUCAACCUCAAAUUUGCCACAUCCGGAUUAUUUGCUUCUGAGCUGCUUCGCACGAGUCUAGAGACUGCACUAUCCGACUCUCUCCCUCCCGUCGCCGCAACAACUUCGGAUCCGCCAAUCUUAGUCCUUGGGUCUCUUCGCCUUCGCCUCUGGUUCCUCCGUCCAGCUCGUCUCCACUAUCCCUCUCCCUCCUCCUCCUGGUGCCCUCUCCCCUUCGUCACUUCCGUCGCUGGAUCCCUUUCUCUCUCCCCCGCAAUCUGCUCUCCACCAAGCCCUCCGCCUCCCACCUUCUCCUCGCCGUUGCCGACCACAACGACCGUGUCGCCCUCUCACAUCGCCGGAAUCAGACCAGAUGUCGCCACAUACAACUCUCUAAUCGCCGGAGUGGCGAGACGGCUGAUGCUGGAUCCUGUCUUCUACCUGUUCGACGAAAUGCUUGAGUGGUCAAGGAAUAUGAAACGUUAA